GGGAACAUUGGUACUUAGGUAUUCCCUCAGCUAUCCAAGCAAAGAGGAGCGAUACCGUCGACGAUCGAUGUAGCUUCGGUGAUCCGGGAAAUACGGUCAAGUCGAGGUGAUACCCGCAGUGUCGAUCAAAGUCCGCAACAGUACUGUUCUCCGGAGUUGUCCACCAUGGAAGCAACGACAGAAGCCGCGUUGGAUUAUGUAUCAACAGAGGAUUUGGUGUCCCGCUUCGGAGGCUGGGAUUACGUGGUAUUCGCAGGAAUGCUCUCAGUUUCUGCUGCCAUCGGAUUAUACUACGCUUGUUCAGGAGAGAAACAGAGCACCACGAGUGAAUUGCUCUUAGGGAACCGUUCUUUGAGCGUAUUCCCCGUGUCGCUGUCUAUUCUGGCUUCUUUCAUGUCAGCCAUCACGAUCCUGGGUAUUGCUACGGAAAUGUAUCGAUUCGGAACACAAUAUAUGCUCAUCAUGCUGAGCUACUUCAUUGUCAUCCCUACUGCGGCUUAUCUCUACAUGCCGGUUUUCUACCGUCUAGAAGUGACCAGUGCUUAUGAGUACCUGGAGCGACGCUUCAACAAAACAUGUCGAACCCUUGCCACCCUGAUUUUCAUGAUCCAGAUGAUUGUCUACAUGGCGAUUGUGCUGUACGCUCCAUCUCUGGCUCUCUCGCAAGUAACUGGUAUAGGAGUUUGGUUCUCGGUUCUAUCGACCGGGAUCGUUUGCACGUUUUACACGGCUGUGGGAGGGAUCAAAGCUGUUAUCUGGACCGAUGUCUUCCAAAUCGGCAUGAUGUACGCUGCCAUCAUCGCCGUGGUACUCAAGGGCUCCUCAGAUCUGGGCGGUAUGGAUCGAGUGCUGAAGAUCGCCGCAGCUCAUGAUCGGGUCACAUUUUUUAACUUUAACACGGACCCAACAGAUCGUCAUACCGUCUGGGGCUUGCUCAUCGGCUGCAACUUCACGUGGCUGGCCGUCUACGGAACGUCUCAAGCUAUGAUUCAGCGGUACUUGACAUUGCCAUCGGAGAAAAAAGCUCGAGCCGCGAUUUGGAUCAACCUUCCAGGCCUCGUGUUUCUGCUUUUCAUCUGCUCGCUCGCCGGUCUCGUCAUGUUUGCGAAACACCACUCUUGUGACCCUCUCUUAUCGAAGCGCAUCGUUGAUACGGAUCAGCUUUUGCCUCUAUUCGUCAUGGAUACUCUCGGGACUGUUACUGGAUUCCCUGGCCUCUUCGUCUCCGGGAUCUUCAGCGGAGCAUCAUCGACAGUCAGCUCCGGAGUGAAUUCGUUAGCGACGGUGACCUUGGAAGACGUAAUAAGAGGAUAUUCUAAGCGCGAGCUGAGCGAUGAAACGGCAACUUGGAUCACGAAGGGCUUAGCUAUUUUCUUCGGUAUGCUGGCCGUGAUUUUGGUCCUAGUAGCGCAGCAGUUGGGCAAUGUAUUGCAAGCUACGCUAGCGAUUUUCGGAAUUCUUGGAGGUCCACUGUUGGGCGUCUUCACUCUGGGGAUAUUCAUCCCUCAAGCCAACAAGCAUGGUGCCAUCUCCGGACUGCUGUCAUCACUCGUUUUGACGCUCUGGAUUGGGGCGGGAAACUUUAUACAUAGGCCCUCGGUGACAACUGCUCCUGUCUCGGUGAACGGAUGCCCCGCAUGGAUGAACGCUACGCUUCCUACCAAACCUUUCCACAGCUCACUCAUCGACCCAAGCGGCGUGUUCUGGGCAUACAGGAUCUCCUAUGUUUGGUAUUCGAUGAUUGCCACAUUCAUCGUCCUCAUUGUGGGGUUUUCUGUCUCCCUCUGCACAGGAGGAACGAAUUUGAAGAAGAUAGAUCCAAGGCUCAUCAGUCCUCUCUACAACUGGACCAUUCGGAAGAUCGUAACUUCCGAGGAACUCAAAGGAAAACUGAUCGUCAAGCGAUCCGGGAAUAGUCUCGAUUCGGCCUUGUCAACGCGAGUUUCGACGCACGAAGCGAGCUACAUAUCCCUCGCUUCGAAUUUACGACUCAUCAAGGGACUCACAUAG